UCUUUUUACUCCGCCUCAUUUUCGCGCCGCCGACGGAAGAAACCCUAAUUUUCUCAGAUCGUCACCGCGAGCGAUGACCGAUUCGUCGCCGACAUCGGUGACUGGUCACGAGAUGGAAAGUCGCAGUGCUGAGGAUGAAAGAGGAGAGAUUAAAAAACCAAUUUUUAGGGAUAUUAGGCGGUAUUACUGCGAGUACUGUGGAAUUUGUAGGUCGAAGAAGUCCCUCAUUAGAUCUCACGUCCUCACCCAUCAUCAGGAUGAAGUCAAGGGGCCAGAAGCUGAGAAAAAUGAUUCAGAAAAGAACGCAGGCAAGGUGCAGUACACCUGUGAAGAAUGCGAUGCAAGUUUUACUAAACCUGCUUAUCUGAAACAACACAUGCAGGGUCACUCUCUCGAGAGGCCUUUUAGUUGCCCAGUGGAGGAUUGCCAUUUGAACUACAGAAGGAAAGACCAUCUGACUCGACAUUUACUCUUGCACCUAGGAAAACUAUUUGAUUGUCCCAUAGAAAACUGCAACAAAAGGUUUGCCUUUCAAGGAAAUAUGACAAGGCAUGUGAAAGAAAUGCAUGAUGAAGAGUCUUCUUCUGAAGGUGAAAAACAAUAUGUUUGCCCUGAAGUUGGAUGUGGGAAGAUGUUCAAGUAUGCAUCAAGGUUGAGGAAGCACGAGGAUUCACAUGUUAAAUUGGAUUAUGUGGAGGUCAUUUGUGGUGAGCAAGGCUGUCUGAAGAAAUUCACUGAUUCUUACUGCCUGAGAGCCCAUGUGCAGUCCUGUCACCAAUAUGUUGUGUGUGAGAUCUGUGGGACUCAACAGCUCAAGAAAAACUUGAAACGGCACCUGCGCAUUCAUGAAGGCAGUGGUGAGGCUGAGAGGAUUAGGUGCAGCUUUGAGGGUUGCCAGUAUACAUUCUCAAAUAGAUCAAACCUUAAUAAGCAUGUAAAAGCUGUACAUGACGAGCUCCGGCCAUUCCCUUGUCGAAUCUCAGGAUGUGGUCAAAAGUUCCCAUACAAACACGUCAGGGAUAAUCAUGAGAAGUCUGGUGCUCAUGUUCAUGUGCUGGGUGACUUUGUGGAAGCUGAUGAGCGGUGGCGAUCACAGCCAAGGGGUGGCCGGAAAAGAAAGGAUUUUUCAAUCGAAAUGCUUAAGCGAAAGAGAGUGGCUCCGCUUGGUCAAGAUUCUGCUAUCAGUGAUGGAGCCAACUACUUGAGAUGGUUGCUUUCCGAUGAUCAGUAGACGCUUGCUUCUAAAGUUGGAAAAGAAUGCAUAGAUACUUGUAUAUACGUGUUUUUAUAAUUUUAACUUUUUUUUAGAUGUAUGACUUGUAAAUGUAUCUCAAGCAAUUAGUACCCUAUGAUAACAUCUUUUGUAUUUGGAAGCAUAGUUGGUUGAAGCUGUUUAUGAAUUUAAAUCGAGCAAUAGUAAACCAAAGCUCCUGUCAAUGUGAUUUA